ACUUCGUAGGUGCGGACAGGUUUUCGCUCUACCCCGACACAAACCCGACCCGUUACGCCGCACCACUCUUCUUCCUCUGCUCCGCCUCUUCACCCAGCGUCUUCCGAUUGCUGACGGAUCCCUCUUCGCCGCGGCCGCCGCCGCGGACCGACCGUGGGAGAGAAGGCGAGGCGGGAGCGAUGGAGGCCGCCGACUACGGCAAGCUUUUCGUCGGCGGCAUCUCAUGGGAGACGAGCGAGGACCGCCUCCGCGAGUACUUCGGCCGCUUUGGCGAGGUCACCGAGGCCGUCAUCAUGCGGGAUCGCAGCACGGGGCGUGCCCGCGGGUUUGGGUUCGUGGUCUUCGCCGACGCCGCGGUCGCCGAGCGCGUCACUAUGGACAAACACACUAUCGACGGACGAAUGGUGGAAGCAAAGAAGGCUGUUCCCAGGGACGACCACAGUAUUGUGAGCAAGAGCAACGGCAGCAGCACAGGGUCACCUGGACCAGGACGCACCAGGAAGAUCUUUGUUGGAGGCCUGCCCUCGAGCGUCACAGAGGCUGACUUCAGAAGGUAUUUCGAGCAGUUUGGCAUCAUCACCGAUGUGGUCGUGAUGUACGACCACAACACACAGAGGCCGAGGGGCUUUGGGUUCAUCACUUACGAUUCAGAAGACGCCGUGGACAAAGCCUUGCACAAGAGCUUCCAUGAGCUCAAUGGUAAAAUGGUUGAGGUCAAGAGGGCAGUUCCAAAGGAGCAGUCUCCUGGACCCGUCGUACGUUCACCUGUGGGAGUGGGGCAGAACUAUGCUACGAACAGGGUUCAUAGCUUCCUCAAUGGCUUCAACCAGGGUUACAAUCCAAACCCCAUAGGAGGUUACGGCAUGAGGGUGGAUGGAAGGUAUGGCUUGCUUUCAGGUGCACGGAAUGGGUUCUCUUCUUUUGGCCCAGGGUAUGGGAUGGGCAUGAAUGUUGAAGGUGGGAUGAGCGGAACAUUUGGUGCAAGCUCUGGUUUCAUCAGCAACUCCAAUGGUAGGCAAAUGGGUUCGUACUUCAAUGCAAGUUCGAACAGACUGGGUAGCCCUAUUGGGUACCUUGGUCUUAAUGAUGUUCCGGGAUCAAUGUUGAGUUCCAUGUCUAGGAAUGUUUGGGGUAAUGGAAGUCUAAACUACCCGAGUAAUCCUACAAACAUGAGUGCUUUUGCUUCACCUGGAAAUGGGAGCCAAGUCAGUCUUACUGGUGACAAUUGGGGAGGUCUUCCUUCUGCUCAUGGGAUGGGCAACAUUUCAAGCCUUGGGUCAGGGAACCUUGCUCGUGGAGCUGGAGAUAAUAACUUCGGUUUGCCUUCUGGCAGCUAUGGAAGGAGCAACUCAACUGGUACAAUUGGCGAGCCUUUUUCUGCAGCAGGCAAUACAUAUGAUGUAAACAAUCCAGAUACAUAUGGGGGCAGCUCUAUUUAUGGUGGCACAGCCUGGAGGUUCACAUCAUCUGAGGUUGACAUGCCUUUUGGUCAUGAUAUUGGAAAUUUUGAUCCGACAAUCAAAUGAGACAUGUCGGCAAGUCACAUGUGCAACUAUCCUGUUAACAACAAUCAGCCAAGCAGAGGCAUAUGUGCAGCAGCUGGAGAGCAGUAAGCUGAAGCUUGCACAACUGGAGCAGUAAUACCAGAAAAGCUUAGGGAUGGUGGUACCACUUCCUAGGGUGAGUAUUACUAUAUCCACAUAUGACUUGGUGUAGAUGAAACACCCAUUCAGUCAGGCAUCCGGGUGCGCGGCCGUGAAUCGGUGAUUGUCAGAUUAAUAUACAGGUUAGUUUUGUCUAGCUAACCAGCGGGUGUGGUUUGCGAACACCAACAUGCUAGAGAUGGAGCUGCUAGAGGAGAAGCGGAUACAGAAACACUUUGUGGAGGUUUUUUUUUGGGGUCAUGUUUUAGUUUUGAUUCUUACGCGUGCGUGGUGAGGCCUUUUGGUUUUUGAAUGAGAUGUAAUUAUUGCGGCACAUAUUUAGAAGCCAUGUUCCAACUGGGGAUUACAUUUUCGUUUUGUAAUCCCAAAAACUGUUUUGUUGACCAAAGUUUGACUUUAUAUUUUUAAAUUCUAAACUGAAAUACAAAAAAUAAAAAUCCGGACCGGACCGAAAACGGUAAAUUUUACCGCCACUUGAAGUUUAA